AUGUCCCUACUUCAGGACGUUGCUAACAAGACAAAUGAAGAGGCUGGAGAUGGAACAACUUGUGCUACUAUUCUCGCUCGUUCUAUCACUAAAGAAGGCUUCGAUAACAUUAGCAAAGGUGCGAAUGCCGUAGAAAUUCGACGUGGUGUAAUGGCUGCUGUUGAACUAAUCGUUAACGAUCUGAAAAAGCAAAGCAAGCAGGUAACUACACCGGAAGAGAUUGCCCAGGUUGCUACCAUUUCGGCCAAUGGCGACAGUAACAUCGGUAGUCUCAUCUCCGAAGCCAUGAAGAAGGUCGGAAGAAAAGGUGUGAUUACUGUAAAGGACGGAAAAACCCUCAACGAUGAACUCGAGCUGAUUGAGGGCAUGAAGUUUGACCGUGGUUACAUUUCUCCCUAUUUCAUUAACACAUCAAAAGGCGCUAAGGUCGAAUACGAGAAGGCUUUGGUUCUGUUGAGCGAGAAGAAGAUCAGCAACGUCCAAGAUAUUGUUCCUGCACUUGAACUUGCUAACAAAGUGAGAAACCCUCUGGUGGUCAUCGCAUAG